GCAUGGGCAACACAAGUAUGUAUCCAGGACCCCAGGCAGACUUGUACAGCUUCAACUGAAACCUGUGGUGCUGUGACUUCACUGCUAUUCUCAGCACUACUAGCUAAAUUAAAGCUAGUGUGGGUAUGUCAGCCCGUGUGGCAAUUGCACCUCUAGUUGUAGUGUAGACUUCCUCAGUGUCAUUCCAUUGGCUGCAGUGCACCCUGGAAGAAUUUAGUUUAGUGAGUUUCAUGACUUAACUCUAGGAUAAUUGAAUAUAUAAAGAAAUAGUAAAUCAUUACCAUAUCUCUGUAUGGAUAUUUCAUACAAACAUAUUAAUCAAAUCCUUUCAGAUCGGAAACAUUUAGUGAAAUACACUUCCAACUUCUCUGAAAUGUUCUCGUUUCAGAGCAUGAUUGUGGAGUUGCCUUAAAGUAUAUUUAACAUUUCUUUUAGCAGUGGGUCACCCACAGUGGUAUAGAAAUGAAAUCUUCUUGUGGUGGUUCUGUAAAACUCAAAUAUUUAUACUGAAUGUCUUGCUUUUGGGGAUAGUUCUUGGUUUUUAUCAGGGUUUUUCAAAACUUGGAGUCAGUCAACCAUUUUUCAACAGUCUUUGGAAGCUGUUCAUUUUUUAUUUUUUUAUUUUUGUUUCAAGAGUCCAAGUUCCCAAGCAACUAGGACCUGCAAACAGCUAUCUUUAGUUGUAUUUACGCUUCUUGUUGCCUGGGAACCCUAGCGGUGCUACACACCUCAUCCCAAACAUGCAGUAAGAUUACUGAAUGAUACUUGCAGUCCCAGUUGAUUUGCAGUUUAGGAAUAGUCUGGUUAGAAAGACAUAGGUCAGUGUUAACCUUGAUUGGUGGAGAGACAAUAUGAGCAAUCAAGAAGUGGCCAUUCUGAAUGUGGGAGGCUCAAAAUUUACAACAUGGGUUUCCACCCUGCGGAGGUUCCCAGAGUCCAGGUUAGCACGGAUGUUGAAUGGCAAUGACCAUGAAUUCAGGCUGGUGAAUGGACAAUUCUUUGUGGACAGAGAUGGAACUUUGUUUAAUUACAUCCUGGAUUUUUUGAGGACACUCCAGCUUUCUCUGCCCACGGACUUCUCAGACUAUCAGAGGCUGCAAAGAGAAGCAGACUUCUAUGAGCUCCACUCCCUGGCUGAUCUCCUGAGCCAGGAAAACUUGCUGAAGCCGAGACCAGAGAUCUUGGAAGUGCGCUUCUUGCUCCAUGAAACUCAGGCCUUUUUCCGAGUCUUUGGCUCUUGCAGCAACACUAUUGAGGUACUGGCUGGACGGGUCACUAUGUUUACAGAGCAGUCCUUGAGACAGAACUGGAAUAAUAAUCCUUUCCCUUCUCAGAAGCUCCUCACUCCACUUCCUUUGGAGAGACCUUCUCAUCAUGACCUGGUUUUUCAAUGCGGCACUGACUACUCUGCUGGUGACCAGUUGGUGACAAGGUAUGUCUCUAUAAAACCUGAUGAUAGAAAGCUGAUUAAUGGAACUAAUGUACUGGGCCUACUAGCUGACACUUUACUUAAAGAAGGAUUUCACCUUGUAAGCACCAGAACAGUCUCCACCGAAGAAAAAGUUGAAUGCUACAGUUUUGAAAGGCUGAAGAGGCCAGAAGCCCUUUUUCUCACUGCCAACCAAAGCCCAGAAAGCACUGGUGGAGCACAGAUGAAGUUAACUCCAAUGCACAAGCAGAAAUGAAACCUGUUUCAUUAAUACCUACCCUUUUGAAUCUGAGAAGAGACACAUGUAGACACUA